UGCGGAUCUGGCGAUUGACCCGAGGACUGCCGUGCAAAUUGCUCUCACGCCGCUCCACUUAUGGUGGACUCGAGCAGGUCCUGUGAUCGCGCUGGAGAUCACGCAAUGCGCUCCGUUUCCUCCAUUUAAAAGGCGCCCUCCCUUCUCAGUCGACCCACCGGAUUCUGAGUGCGCUGAAGCCGCUCAUUCGAGAUCUAGCGGAGGACAUGGAGCUCAAGUGGGGCGCUAUAAUCGCCUACGGGCUUUUCGCUUGUGCCGCGGCGGGACCGCUUCACGCCCAGUGCAAAGUGGACUGGUACUUCGGAAUUCCCUGCCAUGAUGUCUAUGACGAGCUGGUCAGCCAAAUAAAGAAGUGGAGCAAGGCGGACUGCAUCGACGGGGGAGAGAAGUGCAUGUACAAACUGGAAUCUGCUAAUGCCCACUUCAUAAAAGCCAAGCAUACUACACCAGUGAAGAAGUACACUGAGGACCUGAACUUCAGACUCAUCCCGUACCUGCUGGACAUUGGGUGUCAUGUUCCCGCCUUAUCUGUCUCUGAAGCGUGGUACACCCUCGUGGAUUACGGCACCAACUACUGCAACCUGUACAACCUGAUUGAUGGCAGUGGGCUGAACAUGGUCCCGGGAUACAAGGAGAUGACCAACGACUUCAUCUGCACUCAGCACUCCUCGGCUAAUUGCACCAUUUUCUGAGGUUUCGCCGGUGGAUGGCCCAUCAGCACAUCUCCGAUGCCUGGCGCUGCCCUUAAUCAUUAACCUCGGCUCUCAUCUGCUUCUUCUGUCUGCUGAUCUUUUUGCUUUGAUGGCACAUUUAUAAAUUACUUAUUAACAGAACUGAAGGCUGAGCUCUCCCAAAUGUCUGAAGUAGAACUUGGUGUGUGUCAGACCACAGCUGCAUCUGUUAUUAUUGUGAUGAUGUGUGACAGAGCGGUGGCCACCACAUGUGAGACUCACAUCUUGUGUCACACACAGAGCUCUGUGGGAGGGAGUGGGCAGCCACAGAGUCUUUUGCUUUAUAUCUGAUACAUACAGCGACUGAUCUCUGAGGUCCUCCAGCUCCUGGACCACAAGGGCAACAGCUCACCACACAUGGCUAACCCCGAAAGGCAAACAGACAGGUGAUAAGCUGUGGGGUGGCAUGUAGUGGGCAGAAAAUGACACUGACAACAGUCCACGAACUGCAUAUGCAGUGGCAAGAAAAAGUAUGGGAGCUGCUUGGAAUGACUCGGGGUGUUCUGCAUUACCCGUUGAUAAAAUGGGGUCAGAUCUUCACGUAAGUCACAAUAAUCUAGACAAGCACCAUACACUUACACUAAUAACACACAAACAGCUCUAAGCUCUCAUGUCUUUAACCCAUCAAAUAUUCACAGUGUUCUGUGAAAAUGUAUGUGAACCCUGCAACCACUAGGGGGUGCCACUGAGCCCCGCACCACACACACAGCAAUACCCAACAGAAUUCCAGGUUCAAAUAAAUGAUUUUCAUCUGACAAGACACCUUCUUCAGACAAACACCAGCAAUAUAAAUCAUUCACAAUUCCUCCUUCCUCCUCCCAAAGAGUGUUGCCCUCUGCAUCCUGACUCGGACUCAAUUUAAGUGAGGCAGGAGGGCUUCCUUUUAAACUAGACUUGGGGACUGCUCCCUGGCCAGGUUGUCCAGAUCAUUUCUGGGUCCUCCACAGCAGUGCCCUUUGGAGGUCUACAAAGAUCCCAAAAGGGCUGCCUUUUUGGGCUCCAACUCUCAUGCCACCCUGCGAGGGGCCUGUUUUAAACUGGUCCAGCCUCGAGGAACACUGCCACCUGUCAUGUGGAGGAAUGAACUGCUCCAGGUGAGCCUGUUUGCCUGUUCCUUCCAUUAUGGCCUCAUGGCUGGGAUAAAGGAAGGAUCCAUGCCCAUCCAGGAGGCUAUAAUGGAAGGAGAAGGCAAACGGGCUCAUGUCAUCCACAACCCUUAGAUUUAAUAUCUGCUAGAACCUCCUUUGGCAGAAAUAACCUCAAACAAGAGCUUCUGGUGGCUGCAGAUCAAUGUUCAGGGAGAAUUUUGGACCAUUCUUGGUUAGAGAAGAGCUUCAGCUCAGCCAUAUUUCUGGUGUGAAUGACUCUCUUGAGGUCUUCCACAACAUCUCCAUUGGGUUAAAAUCGGGGCUCUGACUGGGCUGCUCCAAAACGUGGAUUCUCUUCUUUCAAAGCCAUUCUGUAGAUGACUUACUUAAAUGUUUAGGGUAUCACCCAACUUCUACUAAGCUUCAGCUGGUUGACAGCCACCCAGAUAUUAUCCUGUAGGAUAAUUUGAGAAAUGAAUUAGUCUUAGAACAUAGCAAACUGUCCAGGCCCCAGAGCAUUGUAGCAGCCCCAAAUCAUGAUGUUCCCUCUACUAGACUUCAUCAUGUUGGUAUGCGGUGCCCAUUUCAUGCCAUAUGUACUGCUGCAUAGUCUUUCUGAACAAUUAAACUUUAGUUUCAUCAGUUCUCAAAA